UAUGAUGAAAUUACUGGUGCUGUUUUCAAUGAACUAGGUGGAGUUUUUUUUGUUUAUGGAUUUGGAGGUACAGGAAAAACGUUUAUUUGGAAAACACUUUCAGCUGCUAUUAGAUCUAGAGGAGAUAUAGUUCUUAACGUGGCUUCCAGUGGAAUCGCUUCAUUGCUGUUGGAAGGUGGUAGGACUGCGCAUUCAAGGUUUGCCAUACCACUUACCCCCGAUGAGUAUUCAGUGUGCAAAAUACCUAAGAAGUCUGACCUUGCAGAUCUAAUAAGGAAAGCUAAACUUAUUAUAUGGGAUGAAGCACCUAUGAUGAGCAAGUGGUGUUUUGAAUCUCUAGACAAAAGUUUCUGUGAUAUAAUUGGUAAUAUAGAUAGCAAAGUGUUUGGUGGAAAGGUUGUUGUUUUUGGAGGUGAUUUUAGACAAGUUCUUCCUGUAAUCACUGGUGCUGGCAGAGCUGAAAUUGUCAUGGCAGCCCUAAAUGCUUCUUAUCUUUGGGAUCACUGUAAGGUACUAAAGCUCACUAAGAACAUGCGGCUACUAAAAAACGAUUUGAGUGUAGAAGAAGCUAAAGACAUUAAAGAAUUCUCAGAUUGGCUUUUAGCUGUUGGUGAUGGUAGAAUUUCAGAGCCAAAUGACGGUGAGGCUCUAAUUGAUAUACCUGAAGAACUGCUAAUUACUGAAGCAGAUAAUCCCAUUGAAUCCAUUACUCUAGAGAUUUAUGGAGAUCCAGCAAAGCUAAAAGAAAAGGAUGCUAAGUUCUUCCAAAAGAGAGCCAUUCUAGCACCAACAAAUGAAGAUGUCAACACAAUCAACCAGUAUUUGUUGGAGAAGUUGGAUGGCGAUGCAAUGUUAUUUCUCAGUGCUGAUAGUAUAGAUCCUGAAGACUCCGAUUCACUUAGAAAUCCUGUCAUCACACCAGAUUUUUUAAACAGUAUCAGGUUAUCAGGUUUGCCUCACCAUGCGUUAAGUUUAAAGAUUGGUGCUCCAAUCAUGCUGCUUCGGAAUAUUGAUCCUAAAGGAGGUCUAUGCAAUGGUACUAGGCUUCAAGUUACUCAGAUGAGCCCGCGUGUUCUUCAAGCAAAAGUCAUAACAGGAGACAGAAUUGGUGAUAUUGUUUUGAUUCCAUUAAUCGUCAUUACACCGUCAGAUACAAAACUACCUUUCCGGAUGCGUAGAAGACAGUUCCCAGUAUCACUGGCUUUUGCUAUGACCAUUAACAAGAGUCAGGGUCAAUCUCUAGAAAGAGUUGGACUCUAUUUGCCUAAGCCAGUGUUUUCUCAUGGCCAACUCUAUGUCGCUUUAUCUAGGGUUACUUCUAAAAAAGGUUUGAAAAUUCUUAUCCUGGACAAAGAAGGUAAGAUUCAAAAGCAAACAACAAACGUUGUUUUCAAAGAGGUUUUCCAGAAUAUCGAUUGAUAAUUCUGCGGCAAUGAAAUUUCAAACAGGAUUAUCAUAAAAGGUAUGUUUACUUUACCUUGGGAUCAAUAUGUUUGCUUUAUGGUUAGCAAAACCCACACUUAUUUGGACUUAUAUUUCACUUGCAAUCUAUUUACCAUUUUCUAACAUAUUGAUUAUCAUCAAAUUGAGAGAAUAAAGGUUUUAAGUCUAUGAUUAAGAAAGUAGGAGCUAAUUGUUACGAUUUGUUUUACUUCCUUAAACUCUCAGAUUUUGUGUUGUUCAGUGUCAACAGUUAUAUAUAUCUAAUUAACAUGCAUCAACAAACAACCAUUAAGUAACAAUUAUAGAAUUUCCUCUUCAAUCUACUUAACAUUUCAUAAACUUCUAUAUGCAAAACGGAACUAAGUUAACUACCAAUUACAUCAUACUGAAAACUAACCUCAAUAUAUUGUUAGAACAUAUCGCAGCUUCUCUUGAGCAAUGA